UCACGACUGAGUCCUCCUUCCCUUUCUCUCAAAAAUGUCUUUCCUAAUUCAACUUGAUCUAAUCGUUCUUUUCUUUAAUCAUUUCCCGAAGGCACAAUCUCUAGAUUGAUUUCUUUCUCUGUGUUUUUUUUUGGGUUCACGCGCCCACAUGCGUCUUUCUCGUGUCUGAUCUAGAUUUAGAUCACAAGAAUCUCUCUCUCUCUCCUAUGAACCGAAAGAAAAAAAAAAACAAUACAGAAGACACGAACUUAGAGUAGACAAUGCUUCAAGCUACGGAGUAAGACAUCAAUUAUCUUUCUUGCGAAGCAAGUUAAAAAGGUUAGGUUUGUUGAUCUGAAAAUGGAGGGCAUUGAUGUUUCCAAGUACACACACAGCUCAGUGCACAGAGCCGUUGCUUCAAGAGACCACUCGACUCUCAGAUCAAUCCUCUCUUCUCUCCCAAAGCCACGAGACCCUUCCGAGAUCCAAUCAGAAGCAGACUCCUUAUCCGAGGAAGCUACAUCCGAGGCCAUCUCCUCCGUCAUCGACAGAAGAGACGUGCUGCGCCGCGACACGCCUCUUCAUCUAGCAGUGAAGCUCUGCGAUGCAGCAGCAGCCGAGAUGCUGAUGCUUGCCGGAGCUGACUGGACUUUGCAGAACGAAGACGGCUGGAACGCGUUGCAGGAAGCCGUCUGCGGUAGACAAGAGUCUAUCGCGAUGAUCAUCGUGCGUCAUUACCAGCCUCUGGCUUGGGCUAAAUGGUGCAGGAGGCUGCCUCGUUUGGUAGCAACGAUGAGGAAGAUGAAAGACUUUUACUUGGAGAUGAGUUUUCACUUCGAGAGCUCUGUCGUGCCUUUUGUCUCGAAAGUUGCUCCUUCUGAUACUUACAAGGUGUGGAAAGUGGGGUCGAAUCUGAGAGCGGAUAUGACUAUGGCUGGGUUCGACGGUUUCAAGAUCCAGAGGUCUGAUCAGAGUAUAUUGUUUCUCGGUGAUGGGUCUGAAGAUGGGAGAGUUCCUCGUGGGUCGCUCUACAUAGUAAACCAUAAGGAUAAAGAAGUGAUGAAUGCGUUGGACGGUGCGUCUAGCGUUGCCUCGGAUGAAGAUGUUAAGAAAGAAGUGGGUGCGAUGUGUAGAAGCAAUAUUUUUAGGCCGGGGAUCGAUGUGACGGAAGCUGUUUUGAACCCGCAGAUGAAUUGGAGGAGGCAGGAGAAGAGUGAGAUGGUUGGUCCUUGGAAAGCUAAGGUCUAUGAGAUGAACAAUGUUGUUGUUAGUAUCAAGUCUAGGAAGGUUCCUGGUUCAUGUGGGGAUGAUGAUCUCUGCGAUGUGUUAACGGAUGAAGAGCAGAAGCAACUAGAGGCUGCUCUUAAGCUGGAUUUGCCAGAGUUCCCAAAUGUUGAUAGUGAGAAUGGUUUUGUCGUGGAUUCUAGUCCGUCUCACAAGAAGAAAGGGUGGUUAGGUGGUUGGAGGAAGAAAGAGACUAAGCAGGAGGAGAAGGAAAUUAAGUAUGCGCCUGCGAGAAGCUCUCUAUGUGUGAAUGAGAAGGUAAGCGAUCUUCUAGGAGACAGUAAUCAGAUAAAACCAGGAAGACAUUCUGUAGAUAAUGAGCAUACUAGGAAGCCAAGAGUCAUGUCAUCGAGUAAGAGUAGUCAGCAAGAGAGCGAAUACAAGAAAGGUUUACGUCCUGUGCUCUGGCUGUCUACAAACUUCCCGUUACAGACGGAAGAGCUGCUUCCUUUGCUUGACAUACUCGCAAACAAAGUCAAGGCGAUUCGUCGUCUCAGGGAGCUUCUUACCACAAAGCUUCCAACAGGAACAUUUCCAGUAAAGGUAGCUAUUCCAGUGGUACCGACGAUAAAAGUGCUAGUUACAUUCACAAAGUUUGAAGAAGUUGAUCCUGCAGAUGAGUUUAAGACACCUCCCUCAAGUCCUACUUCUUCUUCUUCUGGCUAUGAGAGUCCAGCUGAGUCCACCAACGCAUCAUCGUCCUCGUCGUGGUUUCGUCGAGCAAGGUCGAAAAAAGAUGAUGGUUCGUGCAGAAAGUCUCAGACUUUGCAAGACCCCUUUGCUAUCCCGGUAGGGUAUACGUGGGUCAGUGCUGAAUCAAAGAAAAAGAAACCUGAGACGCAGAAAGUCAAAAAGGUGGGUAAAAAGACGGAGCAAGUUAAUAGCUAAAAUCACUAUAAUACUAACCUACUAUACUACUACUACACAGAUUGGUCAUGAAGAAAGGGUUAUUCUUUUUUUUUUUUGGUUUAUAGUGACUCUUACUUGCAAUCAGGAAAGAGAAAGGCAAGAACAUUCUGAUGGAGAUGCGAUUUGAUUCAACUUUUGAUUCUAUCUUCGUUGUUAUUCUUUUGUAACAUAACUCAUAAAAAUUUGCGAUGAUUCUGGUUUCUGUUUGAUGUAAUAACAUUCGUUCGGCUUCUUUUACAUUUUUUUUUCUUUCUUUUUCUCUCAUUGAUGUUCAGUUUGAAUUGGCUAGUUUGGUAUCAAGUUGUUCUGAUAUAGAUGUUUAAGAUCCUAUGUUUAAGCUAAAGUUUGUUCAGAAA